GGCACCACCGCGCACGCACGCACGCGGACGGAGCGGGGGGAGCUGUCCAAAGCGCGUGAUUCAUUCAUUUCCUUCCUCAUCGUACCACCAGCCUCGGUGCGUGCGCCACUCCACCGACCCCGUCCCCAUCACCGGCGACUCGAGCGAGACGCAGGGCGCGGGCGUGUGGGGCGGAGCCAUGGCCGGCGAGAAGAAGGUGUUCGGCUUCGAGGAGGUCGCCAAGCACAGCGUCGCCAAGGACUGCUGGCUCGUCAUCGACGGCAAGGUGUAUGAUGUUACUCCUUUCAUGGAUGAGCAUCCUGGUGGAGAUGAGGUACUGCUAGCAGUAACCGGGAAAGAUGCAACCAGCGAUUUCGAAGAUAUCGGGCACAGUGAGUCCGCAAGGGAGAUGAUGGAGAAGUACCACAUCGGGGUGAUUGAUGCUUCAACCAUCCCAGUAAAGCGUACCUUUGUACCUCCUCAACAAGCAGCCCAAAGCCAAGCCAAGGACAGUGACCUCCUCAUUAAGGUCUUGCAGUUCCUUGUUCCGAUUAUGAUCUUGGGGCUUGCGUUUGGUAUCCGGCACUACACCAAAUCUGAGUAGGCUGUUGUUAGCGAUUUGCUCUGGAGUGAUAGCUUUCCCGUGAUAUGGUUUAAGCUAGAACAGCUUCAAUAAUAAUAAUAAUGAUAUGUGUUGGUGCUGGCAGUUGUUAUCUCGUUGAUCAAACAUUGUAUUGUUUGCCAAAAUAUUGUCUGAUUUCAAGGACUGAGACAUGCUUAGCACAAAAGAAUUGAUGACAAUUAUACUA